AUGGUCAUCAAUCCGGAAAUCAACCCGCUGUCGUUUCCGAUUUUGAAAUACCUUGAAUGCUCACCCUCUCUCCUCCACAGCCUCCAGAGCGUCAGUCUUGCUCAUGAGAGGUUUUUCAGUCCCGCCGCUCUUACCUCCUGCCUGGAGGAGAGGGCACAGGCGUUGACGUUGUUCCGGGAGGAGCUCCGACAGCACGAGAGAGACCGACUGCCCUCUGAAGCCUCCUUCCUCACCAUGUAUAUCCUCGGCAUGUCCGCGGCGUGGACGGACCAGGAGAACAGAAGGGACAUCGGACAACCACAUCUUGACGGGGCGAGGGCCCUCCUCGACAUCAUGAUCACCGACGCCAACUGCAUGGAGGACCCAUUUGUGCAAUUGGCCCUUGGCUGCUACAUCUACUGGGACCAGGCGUCUUCCUUUUUCGUGAUGCCACAGGAGCAGACGCCCCUCAACACCCCGGAGAUCUACCAUUGUAUCCCUGCCAUGCGCAGAGUCUUCCACCCCGUGGCGGGCUAUUCGACCGAAAUCUACUACUUGCUGAGUACCUUGGGCCGCUAUUGUCGCUCAGUGAUUGACGACAGCAGCGCUCGAGACUAUGCGCUCGAAGAAACGCUCGAGGAGGAAUUGCUGGACUGGGAUUCGCCCGAAGAAGACCACAAUCUCUAUCUCGUGAGCAGUGCCUUCAGAAAACACGGCCUCGUCAUGCUUUACCGAACCACAGCCACCACGACUGCCGCCCACCCCGAUAAUCUGGAUUUGGAAAGAGAAGAAGUCAUCCGUCAAUACGCUCGAGAGAUCCUGGACGAUAUCAUGGCAAUUCCCGAAGACUGCUCUUAUCACAUCGUCCUGGCUCUCCCUCUUCUCACCGCAGCUUCUGAGCUCGGAGAAGACGACGCUGAUCUUCGAGAAGAAGUCCGCCGACGGUUUCGAGCUUUGUUCUCCAUGAAUCGCAUCCCCGCCAAUUUGUGGGCCCUCGAGAUGUUGGAGGAGCUUUGGGAUCUCUGCGCCACCGGCUCGAAAUGUUCCUGGCUUUCUUUGGCUCUGCGGAAGAAUUGGAAUCUUCUCCUCUUGUAA